AAGAGAGUUGGUUUUGUCCUGGAUUGUCCAGCUACGCCUACAUGACACGUCAUGGCAAGAACUGUACAGCGGGAGCUGUCUACACCUACCAUGAAAAGAGAAAAGACACAGCUGCCUCUGGUUAUGGGACACAGAAUGUCCGCUUGAGCAAAGAUGCUGUCAAGGAUUUCGACUGCUGCUGUCUCUCCUUGCAGCCCUGCAAGGACCCUGCUGUAACUCCUGAUGGAUACCUCUAUGAAAAAGAAGCUAUCCUGGAGUAUAUCCUACAUCAGAAAAAGGAAAUUGCCCGUCAGAUGAAGGCCUAUGAAAAACAGAAGAAUGAAAAGAAGGCAGAAAUGGCAGAGUUGAGCAAGGCUGCCAAAGAGUCCCAGGUGAAGAGUUUCCUUGACAAAGAGCUGAGCAUUGUGAGCAAACCCCUCAAUCCCUUUGAUCGUCAGUCAGGAGACUCUCAACCUGGGCCCAGCAAUGGAGAAAAGGCCAAACAGCUACCAAGUUUUUGGAUCCCUUCGCUGACACCUGAGGCCAAGACCAAAGCCAUUCCAAAACCAGACAAGUGCGUGUACUGCCCCAUGAGUAGGAAUCCACUGAAGCUGAAAGAUUUGAUUCCAGUGCACUUCACCCUUGUAGAUCCUAGUGUAGAUCGCGUUGGACUAAUCAACCGGCAGGACCGCUAUGUGUGUGCUGUCACACGAGACAUGCUUGGAAACUCUGUCCCCUGUGCUGUGCUCCGUCCAUCAGGCUCAGUUGUGACUCUGGAAUGUGUGGAAAAACUUAUCAAGAAGGACAUGGUUGAUCCAAUGAAUGGGGAGAAGUUGACUGACAAAGACAUCAUAGUUUUACAACGGGGUGGCACAGGAUUUGCAGGGUCAGGCGUGGAACUGGAAGCCAAGAAAUCUCGGCCUGUGAUGCAAGCUUAAUACAUUCAGGUGGAAAAGAAAGAGAUGAUUCUCCACCUGAUGCCAACUGCCAUCUGCUAGCUUAAAAGCGCUAAUAUUGCAUAUAAAGAAAGACAAAGUAUACUGUAAUUUUUUAAACCAGGCUUGCUUAAAAGUUUUAAAAAGAAUUAUUAACUUGGGGAUAUGUGUGAUCAAUAGCUUAGUUUUAGGAGUCAAGUUUUUAAUUGUCAAGUUUUUAAUUGUCAAGUUUUUAAUUGUCAAGUUAUUCUAUCUUGGAAAGGAAAAUACACACAAUCAAAGGCUCAGUGUAUCUUUUAAAUUGAUUACUAUUUUAAAAAGUGACAUGCUCUUCUGUUGAAUCAACUUUUUCCCCCCCUAAAAUCUUGCUGCUUCUUCUGUUGUCUAAUCUAUGGCACAAUAUCUUGAGAGGUUGGGAAAUGAUUUUAUUAGUAAUCCAAAAUUUUACAAUUUUAAGAGAUCACAACUCCUGGCGGCCCCCCAGGUGAUCAACUGUGUUUUUAUACUCUUUGGCGCUUUGAAUGCUGUGCUUCAUCAUCUCUAUGACUUCAUCCCGGGAAAGCCUGUUAUCCUGGAGAAGGAAAGGGUACAGAGAAAGAACUACAAGCCUAGAUAAGCAAUAUUUAUCCAAGGUAUUGGCUACCACUAAGAUGCUUAAAAAUAUAUUCAACUUGCAUUCAACUUUUUUUUAUCUAUAUAAAACAGACAUUGGAAGUAA